CAGGUAAUACACCCACCGAGGACGCGGUUGUGACGUCAUCGGAGUGCGCCGGAGAAGAUGGCGGCGGCCGGGGGGACACGCGGGGCCCGGAGAUUGGCGGAGCGGCUGAGAGCGGAGAAGAUCUUGUCUGGGCGGAGUCAGAUAACACCGAGAAGUCCGACCGUGAGAGACCUCCGGAGCUGGCCACUCCCCGGAGAGGCGGGGCUUAUCCUCAUCAACAAACCGUCCGGACUGCCCACCCAUGGGGGCCCCGGAGUGGAGCGCAGUGUGGUGUCCUUGCUCCCGGCGUUGUCGCGGUCCUUGUUCGGUGGAGGGGCGGAGCCUCUGCGGAUCUGUCACCGGUUGGAUAAGGACAGCAGCGGGGCGUUACUCCUCGCCCAGAGCGCCGGAUCUGCCGACCGGGUCCAGCGAGCUCUGCGGGAGCACCGGAUGUCCCGAGUCUACUGGGCCCUGUGUGUGGGGGCCCCAACCCCCCCAGAGGGGAUCCUGGACAUCCCCCUCAUAGAGAAGGAGACGCCGGGGCCACAGAAACACUUCAAGAUGGCGCUGUGCCCGAGGUUCCGGGUUUCUUCGGACGGCUCAGUACAGAGGUUCCGGGUCAGCCGCUCCGCCCACGAGGCCGUCACCCAAUACCGCACUCUGGAGAAAUCAUCGGGAGUCUCACUGCUGGAGCUGCGGCCACUCACAGGGGUGAAGCACCAGCUGAGAAGUCACAUGGCUCUGGCCCUGAACUGCCCCAUCCUAGGGGACCACAAAUACUCCCACUGGGGGCGCCUGGCCCCUCAGAAACUUCCGGCGCCGGUGUUGCGCUCUCUCGGAAUCCCCUCCCCCCAGUCGCGCUCUCUUCUUCUUCACCUUCACGCCGCUCAGAUCACCCUCCAGUUGUCUCCGAGGACCCCCCCCCUGGUGUUACGCUGUGCACCCCCCAAACACUUCCUGAGUGCCCUUCGCAGACUGAAAUUCUCUCCCCAGAGCCUGCAGGACAUUCCCCUCCCCCCGGAUGAAGGCUCCUCCUAAUUCCCCGACACAAGGCAGAAAUGGGCGGAGUCAGGCGUAGUACGCCCACAGGAAGAUGGCGCAACUCAUCAUGACCACGGCGUGCGCAUUGACCAGCCGUGCAUCUCUGGGGUCCUCCUGGAUGUCUGGCAGAGCGGGGGAGGGGCCCUCCUGGAUGUCUGGCAGAGCGGGGGAGGGGCCCCUCUCUGGAGCGCCUCCUGUGGAGAGAACAAGGAAUCGCAUCAGAUCAUUAUAUGCUUCACCUGUAAUAAGAACUGUCUGUGACUGUAUAUAAUCGGCCAGAGUCCUGGAAGAAUGGCUGCUGACCACACCCUCUGAGGAGGAGGAGGAGUCUGGUACCCAUAAUAAUAAAUGAACUCAAUAAACGUUG